AUGUCGCAACCGGCACCACCACCCGGGUUUGACCCCGAGAAGGCGGAGAAUUUGGAAGACAUCGAGAAGCAGUUUGCAGUGAAAGCCGUCCAGCAAAUGUCAACUUAUUGGGCUAUCCUCGAAAAAAUGCCUGGUUCUAAGCUACGACUGACAAAGAUCGAUGAUGAGAUAUAUGAGCAUUUAAAAACGGAAUUUCCUGAUUUCGAUCCGGAGGCGACCCUAGAUGAAGAGCAGAUGAAGAGCAAAGAAGGCAAAGAGAAGUGGCGCAACUUCAUGAAUGCAUAUGAGAAAAAGGUCAGCGAUUUCAACUUCGGCACGCUAUUACGGAAAAAUGCAAAAUGGGAAUAUGGAGAGAAGGAGACGAUGUUUGCUGUUCGCAUGCAAUUCUAUGCCAUCGAGAUUGCAAGAAACCGAGCUGGCCUGAAUGAUUGGAUCUACGAAGAAGCUCAGAAACAACCCACAACUGCUUGA